UGCUUCCGUGCGAGGACCAGUCUGAAUCCAACAUGGCGGCGGCCAUACGAGUGUGUUGUGCCCUGCGCAUCCCUAUCGGAGGAGCAACCCCCCUUCGCACCAUUGGUGCCACCGUCAAUGGAUCCCAUCUGUCUGGUGGAGCCUGGGCUAUUGCAGUUUCUUCCCUGCAAAAAAACGCUGCACCACCUCUUUUCCAUGUGACAGCUUGGCAGCAAAUUAGACAUGGCAGCUUCUUCAACAAGUUGACAGCUGAAGAGCUAUGGAAAGGCGUGCUGGCCGAGACCGGAGCCGGAAGCAGGAAGGGUAGAGGGAAGCGAGCCAAACGCAAGCUGAGAAGAGAUCUAAACCGAGGCCAGGUCAUCGGAGAAGGUCAUGGAGGCUUUCUGUGGCCCGGUCUGAAUGUGCCACUGUUGAAAGACGGCACCAUCCAGAGCAUGAGCCGCAGAGGCGACAGUGAGCAGCAGGAAGUCAAAGCUGAACUUGUGCGUCAGCGAGACGAAUGGGAGAAGAGGAGAAAAAUGAAGGUGAAGCGGGAAGGAGGAUGGACGGGGAACUCUUGGGGCGGGAUCAGUCUGGGGCCCCCCGAUCCGGGACCCAAUGGAGAAACCUAUGAAAACUUUGAUUCACGUGUCAUUGAGCUGAAGAGUGUGAGCUGCAUGACAGCGAGGGAGGGCAGGAGGAGGUCCAUCAGCUGUCUGGUCGCUGUGGGGAACGGCAAGGGAACCGCAGGCUUCGCAUUGGGGAAGGCGGCAGACAGAAACACAGCUCUGAGGAAGGCAAAAAAUCGAGCCAUUCACUACUUGUACUAUAUAGAGAGAUACAACGACCACACCAUUUAUCACGACAUUGAAUCCAAGUUCAAAAGGUCGAGCCUUCGCAUGAAGAAACAGCACGAAGGCUACGGUCUGCGCUGCCACCGUGCCAUCAUCACCAUGUGUAAGCUGAUUGGCAUCAAGGACAUGUACUGUAAAGUGGAAGGACCAACCAACCUUCUCAACAUCACCAAAGCGUUCUUCUCCGGGCUGGCCAAUCAGGAAACUCACCAGAAGCUGGCAGACAAGAAGCAGCUCCACGUGGUGGAGUUCCGCCAGGAGCGCGGCCCACUUCCCGUCGUCGUGGCCAGCCCCAAAACGGGCGCACGGGCCGACCCAGAGCCCGAGGAUGAAAUUCUCAACACCCGUCUGAACUGGGACGACGUCCGAGCCUCGCAGGGGUUCAAACGCUCCAUAUGGGCGGGUGUGAAACGCACCGUGUGGUAGAGCGGUAGUGGAUAGCACGGCGCUAUCAUGUAGAAUGACUUAACUUACUGUGGGAGAUACCAGGCUUGUCUUAUUUUCUCUUCUGAUCAUGUGUUUGUCUCCAAAUGACGAUGUAGUAAUGCUAUUAAUUCGAUCACACGGCUCACUGUUGGGAUUAAAACAAAUAAUGUACUUCAAAAUUAACU